AGAAAUCAAUAAGACAAAUCGCUGUCACCACACCCUAAACAGUUAUCAUUUCAAAACGAUAGAAGAUUACACAGAUCAAAAUGUUGAUACAAAUAAAUGAAUCAAAGAUAGAAGAAAACCGUACAGAUACUAAUGCUACCGAUUUGUCAAGAAAAGAGUACAGUUGGAAUAUCUAUAUCGAAACAGUUAUUCUCAGUGCUGUUUUUGUGGUAGGCAUAGUUGCAAAUAUCCUUGUGAUGAAAACUAAUUUCCAAGUCAAGACUAAAUUCGCUCGUCAGAUAAUGAGUCUGUUCUUUAGUGUAGCCAUAACCGACAUUACUGUGUGUUUGGUCCGUAUUGGAAUCCUGAUUUGUAUAUUGUUUCAUCCUGACUGGGAUGAUGGUUCAUUUGUUUGUUUUCUUUGGUAUAUGUCUUUGGCAAUUGUUGGAACAGCUAUUUGGGAGAAACUAUGUGUAGGGGUUCAGAGGUUAUUCAUCUUGAAAGCAUUUCCGAUGUUCAGAAAAUAUUGUACUAUCCCGCUGAUGGUAGUAUUGAUUGUUGGUAUAUGUCUGUCCCAAUGCAUCAUUCAUGCGGGGACAUUCAUUGGAUUCGACAUAAAUGUCAGAUAUGAUAAUAGACAGUCUGGGAGUAUUUGUAUAGAUCAAAAUAGAAUACUUCUCGAGUCGCUUUUCUAUAGAAUAGUUGUUCUUGGUGUCUUUACAAUAGUACCGCUUGUUCUUGCUAUUUCUUGUCAUUUCUGGAUCGUUCAUAUAAUAUUCAAAGCAGGACAGACAAAGCUUUCGCAAUUCGAUGAUCGAGAAGACUUUAUCAAAAUUACAAAAACAGCUUUGAUUCGAAGUUUUGCACUCUUUGUUUGUUUUGUGCCUUUUCUGGUAGUAAAUCUUGUCGAUCCUUAUCAUGACGUUAUGCCCGGACCAAUCCACCGAUAUUCAGACUAUUUUCUUUGUGCACAUUCUGCCAUUAGUCCUCUCAUUACAUUACAAGACUGUGAUUUUGGGGAUGAUACGUCAAAUCGGAAGGCAACACAACAACGUAGAAACAGUAUGUCGGCAUUCAACAGCAGUUUCCGUCGGAUAGGAGUGAGCGUUAUUACGUCAGAGAAUCUCAAAACAAAUAAAAACAGUGACAUGUGCACUUAGAUGUAACCAAUCAGGAGAAGAGUCACACAACAAACAAAAAUGGAAGUCAGAAUAGUGUAGCAAAUGACGAGAGAAUUUCGUUUGAUUUGUACGUGUAAAUGUUCGUUUGAUUUGUACGUGUAAAUGUUCGUUUGAUUUGUACGUGUAAAUGUUUCGAUCGUUGAUCUUUUUGUUUCCAAACAGACAAGAAACAAAACUAUAUCACCUGUUUGUGCUGUGGUAUUUCUAGCCACCUAUUGUACCAUGCUUCAUUGUAGAUAUUUGUAUUUGUAGUUUGCUUUUAUAAAUUUUUUGUACAUUAUAUUAAUUUUUGUAUAUGUAUAUUUUAUAACAGUUUACUACACGAAACUGAUCAAAUACAUUUUCCCGACUACAAACCCCACUUAUCUGGGUAAAGUGAGACUAUCAAUUAAUAUUUAAUCUUUCGAAUGCAAGUAGAAUAAUUAAUUUCAUUUCUAAACAUACCUUUCAUACGACAAACCUGUCGUAAUUGUAUUUGCAUGAAGUGUAAUCUGUGGUAUGUAACAUAAUAUGAUUAAAUUGUCUAUAUAAGUAUUUUGAAAGUACAUUCGAAUGAAAGUCUAUGUAGGAUAAACGCCAAUUGCAAAGCCACACGACAAAACAUUUAAUGAGAAACAUCCAAGUUGUCAAUAAUACACAGGUGUAAUUAUAUCAUGUUAAGAUCUUGACUACACAGGUGUAAUUAUAUCAUGUUAAGAUCUCGACUACACAGGUGUAAUUAUACUAUGUUAAGAUCUUGACCUCUAGAAACAUUUCCAAUUCAGACUAAAAUAAUAUGUUACGUUCUUUCUAUCUUACCACUUAUUUAAUUAAAUUUAUAUUACGGAUCAGUAGCAGAUAGUCUUAAAAUUACAAAAGAGAGCUACUAGACAGUUGAAUAGAGGAUAAAAUGUUUGUGAUUACAUCUUUAAGUUCAUAAUAAAAAAAAAUUGAUGUCCCACAAUUAUCUUACUAGCAAGUUUCAUUAUGUUUCAAAAAAAUCCACACCCCUUGAGAAAUACUGUUCAAGGAGACCUCAUUCUUCCUAUAACACAAAAUAUAAUUGCUCAAAAUUCAUGUAUGUAUUCUGGACCAACCUUAUGACACAAUUUACCUACAUCGUUAAAAAAUAUAACACAUGCGAAUUAUUUCCAUUUACAAAAUAACAGUUCGGUAUUGAAACUAACCCUGUGAAAAAUUCAAAUAUUGAUAAUAAAAUUGAGAAAGGAAAUGGUGAAUAUAAGUUCAUCAAGUUUAUUUUUUCAUAAUAUUUUAUACAAUUGCAUUGGACAUUAUUAUACUUGUCUUUUAUACUAAUGUAUGUCAUGUACAUGUUUGCACUUUUGUUUUUCGACGUUUGUUGUUGAAGUUUAUCUAUAAUGAGGGACUCAUUACUGUGUAAUCCUCUUGAAUAAAGUAUUAUUGUUGUUA